AAUUGCUUUUUAAAACAGAUUUUGUAUAAACAUUUACCAAAUCAAAGAAGACUUCCCAAUUAUGCUAUUGCAAAAGCAGAAAGCUUGUUACGCUUAAAAGCUAAUAAAAAACUUCUACAACAAGAAUUGUCAAAGGAGACUGGAAAAAUGAUAACUCUUCGUGACUUAUCAAAUAUUGCUGCUUCUGCGUGCAAAAGUGAUACCCGAAAUAAUUUAACAAGCUUUGUUAAGACUUUAAAGGAAAAAUACAAUGCUAAUGUAGAUGUUUUAACGGAUGCAGAAAAUAAUUUACAAGGGCUUUUUUUCCAAGAUAUUUCAAUGCAUAGUGUUUACAAUGCAUAUCCUGAAUUUUUAUGCAUGGAUGCAACUUAUAGAUUAUUAGAAGUUCGUUUGCCAGUAUAUAUUCUGCUAUGUGAAGACGGAGCUGGUGAAAGUGAAAUAGCAGCUGUCGGUUUGCUUGCACGUGAAGAUGCUGCAUCUCUGAGUUGGUUCAUUGAAAGAUUCAAGAGUUAUAAUAUUUCUUGGCCAAAGACAAAUGUUUUCAUGACAGAUAAAGACUUGAACGAAAGAGAUGUAUUGCGUGGUGCUUUUCCGGGGGUAUCUCUAUUACUCUGUUUAUUUUACACCCUUCGGUAAUAGUCAUUGUUUAUAUGUCACUAAUUAUUUGAUUAAGGAAUAUUCUCUUGUUCUGAUUCUAGUUACGCUUUUUUUUUAAUUUGUACCUGUAUUUAUUGAUUA